AUGGAGGAGAACACAGUUAGAGACGUCGAGACUGGCAGUGAAACUGGAGGAGAGGAUGCCUUGGUAGGGAAUGUCAACAAACUGAUGGUGAGCCCGCCAGGUUACUCAGGAUCUCCGCGAAAAGGACAUCUGGUUUUUGAUGCUUGCUUUGAGAGUGGGAACCUUGGCCGUGUUGACUACAUCAGUGAGUUUGAGUUUGACCUGUUCAUCCGGCCUGACACCUGCAACCCUCGCUUCAGAGUCUGGUUCAACUUCACAGUGGAGAACAUCCGUGAGACGCAGAGAGUCAUUUUCAACGUGGUUAACUUCUCCAAGACCAAGAGCCUGUACAGAGAUGGCAUGUCUCCUGUAGUUAAGUCUACCAGCAGGCCAAAAUGGCAGAGGCUUCCAGCUAAAAAUGUAUACUACUACCGUUGCCCUGACCACCGGCGCAACUACGUCAUGUCCUUUGCCUUUUGUUUUGACCGAGAGGACGACGUGUACCAGUUUGCCUACUGCUACCCCUACACCUACUCCAGACUGCAGCACUACCUGGCCAGCCUGGAGCGCAGGAACCUGCCCUACCUGCAGAGGGAGCAACUGGGACUCAGUGUGCAACAACGACGUCUAGACCUGUUAACCAUCACCAACACUGACCAUCGCCAGAGUCCAGAGAGGGAGAAGAAGCUGGUCUUUCUUACAGCUCGUGUUCACCCUGGAGAGUCUCCUGCCUCCUUUAUCUGUCAAGGUGUGAUUGACUUCCUGGUGAGCCAGCAUCCCGUGGCUCAGAUCCUAAGAGAUCAUGUGAUCUUCAAGAUCGUCCCCAUGCUAAAUCCUGAUGGAGUCUACCUGGGCAACUACAGGUGUUCUCUGAUGGGCUUCGACCUGAAUCGCCACUGGCAGGAUCCCUCUCCAUGGGCUCACCCCACGCUGCACGCUGUCAAACAACUCAUAGUGCAGAUGAACCAAGACCCGAGAGUUAGUUUGGAGUUCUACAUUGAUGUCCAUGCCCACUCCACCAUGCUGAAUGGCUUUAUGUACGGCAAUGUAUUCGAGGACGAGGAGCGCGUCCAGAGACAGGCUGUCUUCCCCAGACUGCUGUGCCAAAAUGCACCAGACUUCUCCUUUUCCAACACAUCCUUCAACCGGGACGUAGUGAAGGCCGGUACCGGUAGACGGUUCCUUGGCGGUCUCCUUGAUGACACGUCCUACUGCUACACUCUGGAGGUGUCCUUCUACAGCUACAUGACAGCUGGCAGCACCGCUCCUGUGCCCUAUACCGAGGAGACAUACAUGAAACUGGGCAGGAAUGUGGCUCGGACCUUCCUGGAUUACUAUAAACUCAACAACCUCAUCAAGGGCAACAGCUCACCAACUCACAUUCAAAGUCCUGAGAUGAAGUCCCACACAGGCGACGGUAACAGAAAGGGCAAUGGUGUUGGCAGUGACGCAGCAGACAGAGAGAGGGAGAAGAGCCACGGUGUCAGGCACUAG